AUGGAUCGUCUUAUUCAAAUUCUUCGCAAGCCGGGAGCGAAGGGUGAAAUCAGCGGGAUUGCUCCUACGCAGCAGGUGGCGGAGAAGGAGAAAACCGUCCAGAAUGUCACUGGAUACGUCACGACUUCCAAGCGGAGGAUGCUUGAUCGUUGGCUUGACUGGGUCGUCCGUGCCUCGGGAUCCAAGUUUGUAUUCUUCUUGAUUCUCUCAGGCCUCCUGACCUGGGUUUUACUUGGUAUUCCCUACGGCAAGACAAGCAGCUGGCAGGUUGGCAUCUCCGAUGUGCAAGCUAUUUUGUGUUAUGUUUUCGACUCCUUCCUAGUGCGCCAGCAGUUGAACGAGUACGAGGAUGAGAUGAUGGCAGCGGCGCAAGUGCAAUCACGGCUGAUGAGCCAUUUCAGGAUGAUCAGGAGUCUCCAACAAGCAAGCAAGACGGAUGGACGUGUUCGUGGCUUUGUUCAAAGCGAGCGUCAACCGGACGAGAGUGAACUGAAAAUAGACCUUCCUCAGAAUACCCGCUUUGGUCGAUGCAUCACUGCAUGCGCGCACGUCCUAGGGCAUCUGGUCACUAUUGUCCUUUUCUGGGCUGGCGUUAUCAUUUGGAUCGGCAUAGGCCCUCUCAGUGGGUGGAGUGAUACUUGGCAGCUCUAUAUGAACUCGGCUUCCUCUGCUCUGAUGGUGUUCGUGUUCUCAUUUCUUACCAAUAUCCACGAACGCCAUUCUGGCUAUAUGAAGAGAUGCCUGGAUGCGAUAUUCUCCGUGGACUCGAGGUUGGAGUUGAGGCUCAGAUCACUGACAGGUGACCGGCUGAGCAAUGGUAUGGUAAUAAUUCCAGCUCCUAAGAUGAACUCCAUUCAGCGAGCGAUCUUCUACUACGCAGACUUCGUAGGCACCUUGGUCGGUAUUGCCAUUCUGAUGGCUGUUAUUGCGGUCUGGGCUGCCGUCGGUCCACUCCUACAUUUCAGCUCCGGUUGGUGGCUUCUCAUCGGGACAUAUGCUGGCCUUGUUGGAAUGAACGAUGCCUUUGUGUUGCGAAAUAUGCAGGCCCGUUUGGGAGGAUAUGUUGAUGCUGAGUUUGACAAGAUCGAGGCAGAAGAUGAAAGGCUCUUUGCCAUGACCGGAUUGCAAAUUCCAGCAAAGGAAACACCCAACAAUACGUCCAUUACCUACCGCAUCUCCGAAGCCAUAGGCCGUAUCAGCGCACAUGAACUCUCGGUUGUGGCGGCCUUUAUUUCCAUUGUCGGGUUGAUUACCGGUGCCAGUGCGAUGAGAUGGAGCUUGACGGGUCAGCUACUCUGCAACGUCCCACCAAGCAUCAUGGAGUCUUUCCUCAUGAUCGUUCUCAUCACAGGCCAUAACUCCGCGGGGAGUAGAAAGAUUGCCGACUUACAGACAGUCCAUGAGCGACGCCAAAGACUUCUUUCGUUUGUGAAUCACCUUGAGUUGCUGGGCGGCAAAUCGGGCCAGCCAAUUCAGAGGAGCCAAACUGAAUCAACUCUCGUGGUCUCCAUGUCCGCGGAUAAGGUCCUUUAG